AUUCCGCUACUUUGAUAGGUUUUCAGUGGUUCAGCAGAGACGUCAAAAUUUUCUGUGGUAAAGAAAAUUCCUGGAAAAAUCACUGAAAAUGCCUGAAUUGGGAGCUCCUGUGCGUGUUUCGCCACUCAUCAAGUUCGGCAGAUGGUCAUUCCUGACUGUUGGCAUCGCCUACGGAGCCUACCAUCAAAGUAGAUUAUCCAAGAAGGCUGCCAAGGAGAGGGAGAUUGAGAAUAAAGCAAAGGCAAUCCGGGAUGCUAAGCUUGCCGAAGAGAAGAAACUCGCCCAAGCUGCGGAAAUUAAAAUGCUGGAGGAUAUGUCACAGUCCAAGAAGUAAAGAAAACUUAUUAUAAUGUCUUUAGUGUUAAUUGGAUGAUGUAAAAACCGAGGUAAAAACACCCCAAAAGGUAAAUAAAUACAUUUUUCUGGUCUGUAUCAAAAGGA